AUGGCCUUCUGCGAUUUCCAGAAGCAAGAAUGUCUUAGUCGGAUGGUUGAAUCGGCAGACUGCUCCGGAUUCUCUGCGAUCGAUCCAUGCUAUGCUUCGAAAUGCACGAACGGGAUCUGCCUGGCAGUGCCGGAAAAGCCGCUGGCAGACUUCAGAAGUACGCCAACGAGAGGAAAAAAACUCGCUGAACGAGCGGCAACCGCCAGGGCUAGCCCACCACUCGUGGACGAUGUGGAAUGCAUACUGAUCGUUGCCGUUGGUGAUGACGAGCAGCUGGAUGGCGACGAUCCGAUUACGGAAUUCUGGGGCUCUACUGGGAGCAUCUCCAAGCCGUCACAAUCCGGGACAAACACCCCCGCUCCUUCCCACAUUUCCAUAAAGCCACCUGACGCCAUCUCAACAGUACACGACAACUCACGAGACUUCUACAACGUCUCUUCGACCGACCUAAACGUCUCUAGCGAGUCACGUCUUGCCGAGACAUCCGCUCCCACUGUGAACGAAAGCUCCCCUGUAAGCACAACCCUAACCCCCAAUCGCAACUUCCAACAGUACUUUAACCCUCGGUUAAAUACAUGGGUUUACCCUUUCAACGCCACGUUACCAUUCCCGUCAGUCUAUUUUUCGAUCUCGGUCAUUGCCGGUGCGUAUCGCUCACAGCCUCGUCCACAACGACUUGUCACCGGAGUCACGGUAGUAAGCCGUGGAGCUAAUUUACCCAGUGGAUAUACUCAUGUUAUCGAGGCAUUAUCACUUACCGAUGGGCAUGUGGUCCGCGUGCCGGACCCGAUUGCCAGCGGUGUCGGCGUUGAAUUCUUUCUAAUCGUUCUACAUAAUGGACGUGAAUGCGACCGAAUGUGCUUGUCUAGACGACGUUACGUAAAGUGUAAUCGGCCAACUGUACGUAUGAGCAGAUACCGCUCUCUGACUGACCCCAUUAUCUACUACAAGACACCGAAACAAGCAAUAGAACACCAAUGGAAAGGUGCUGGCUCUUUCAGACGACGUACACAGGACCCUUUCGUCUUCACAUGCUUCAUUUAG